AGAUAAUUUAAAAAUGGAGUUUUGUGGUGCACCGGGACAAUUAUUGGACCAAUUAGAAAGUGUUGUUAGUGAAGAAGUGAUCUACGGCAUGGAGACAAAUUUUGACUAUCAAGGCGGGCUGAUCGGCGCUUGCGAGCAAGUGUGCGAAGAGACUGUUCAAACAAGUGAUUUGUCUUCAUCGUACAUCUUACCACAUGAGAUGUACACACUAGACCAGGACAAUUAUUUAAACGUUCAAAGCACUGAAGAAGUGAAUAAUUUUCAAGAAAAUUUACACUCGUGUGAAGUUUGCGGCAGAAGAUUCAGUGUUAAAAUGAAUCUUGAAAGUCACAUGUCAGUUCACGAAAAUAACCAAUUACAAUUUUGCAAUUUCUGCGGUGCUAGUUUUCCGUUAAAAAGCGACUUGUUAAAUCAUUUAAAAACACACGCGAGUUAUUCUGAGUUAGAAGACCGUAAUAAUAAUCCCGAGUGUGAUAAAAAAACAACUUUAAAGUCAAGAGAAAAAUCUAAAGUAAUUAAAAAUUGUCCCGAGUGUAAUAACAGUUUUGAAGAAUCUAAAUUUCAAGAUCAUAUUUGUGUGCUAAAUAUUUCUUCAGGCGAAAAAAGUGACAGUGAAUUGAGUGAAUAUAAUUGUGAAAAGUGUAAUAAAGAUUUUAAAAACAAAACACGGCUGGCUAGACAUUUGUUGUCGCACCGGAAAAAAAUGAGCUGCAAUAUUUGCAGUCUGAAAUUUACAAACCAACAUGAUUUAAUAAAUCAUUACUCAUUGCACAAGAAGACUAGUAAUGGCGAGAAGAUAUUCGAGUGCAAAGAGUGCGGAAAAAUAUUUGCGAGCAGAAGUUCCCAGCAGAUCCACGCGAGAGUUCACUCCGGAGAGCGGCCGUAUGGGUGCAACUUUUGCGACAGAGCUUUUGCAGAUGGCGGGACCUUGAGGAAGCACGAGAGGAUCCACACUGGUGAGAAACCUUAUGUUUGUUUAGUUUGCAUGCGCGCUUUUAAUCAAAGAGUCGUUUUAAGAGAUCAUGUUAAGUCUCAUCAUACUAAUGUCGAUCAUAAGUACGCCGGGACUAGUAAGCCUUAUCACUGCAAAAUUUGCAAUAAUUUAUUCGCAACUUCCGAGGAAAUUCAUAAAGAUAUUGUUAAACAUUGCGAUGAAGACACUCAACGAAGGAGAAAACCUCCUGCUGGCCCGAGGAAGUACAAAAAAAGAACUUUUAAAUCUGAAAAAGACGAAAAUUAUAAUUCUAUGGAAGAGAAAGAACAAUUUAAAGGCGAGAAGAAAAAGCGCGGGAGGAAGAGCAAGUUGGAGAUGCAAUUGCUGACCGAGGAUUGGAAAAAUACUGUUUUUUCUAAAGAAGAAACUACUUCUGAGAAUAAUCAUAAAUUUAGAAUCUUUCCUGGGGGAGAAAUUAACAGGCCGAGGACUAAAAAUGUCAGCAGGCCGGUUAAUGAUAACUUUAGAUUUGUUCCUGCGAGAUUUCCGGACCCGAAGGAAGAGUUUGAAGAAAUUUCGGCUGCUGUUGAGUCUAUCAAAGUUAAAAUGGAGGCUUUUGAUCGGUCUGAUAUUCAAGAGGAUUUUGGAAGAAGAACGCGAAGAAAAGUCAAGGAAGAAAUUUAUUAAAUUCUAUUUUUUUUUUUUUUUUUUUUCAAGUAAAAAUUACAAAAUGU